CGCAACUUAUCCAACUCAACACACCAUGGCACCAGUGACUAACGCCCGCACUCUCUUCAACGAGGUACCUACUGGUUAUCCUGUCCCCGGACGGACUACUGUACACGACACAUCGCAGACGAUCGACCUGGAUAAUGUCCCUCUCGAGGGUGGAAUCCUUAUAAAGACGCUCGUCCUGUCGAUCGACCCAUACAUUCGGGGCAGAAUGAGGGCCCCUGAGCCUAAGGCCAAAAGUUACUCACCACCGUUCGCAAUUGGAGAACCAAUCACCAAUUAUGGAAUUGGUGUCGUUCUUAGGUCUGAGAAGUCCGGGUAUGCAAAGGGUGAUCAUGUCUCUGGCAUUCUUCCCUUCCAGGAGUAUACCGUCCAGAAGGAUCCGUCUUCGCUGAAGAAACUUGUAAAUGCCGGUCUUCCGUGGGAGGUCUACCUUGGUACCUUGGGGAUGCCUGGUAUGCAGACAGCCUACUAUGGAUGGAAAGAAUUCUCCGCAGCAAAGAGGGGAGAGACGGUCUUCGUGACCACCGCAGGCGGACCUGUCGGUAGCCUCGUCGUGGAACUGGCCAAACUCGACGGUCUUAAAGUCAUUGGCUCUGCCGGAAGCGAAGAGAAAGUCGAGUUCGUUCGCAGUCUCGGUGGCGAUGUCGUCUUCAACUAUAAGACCACGAGUACAAGGGAGGUGCUCGAGCGUGAGGGUCCAAUCGAUAUAUACUGGGACAAUGUCGGUGGAGAGAUUCUCGACCUGGCGCUUGAGUAUGCCAAUACCGAUGGCCGAUUCAUCCAAUGUGGCGCCAUCUCCAUGUACAACGACCCCUCGUUCCCUGGUAUCAGAAACUAUACGCAAAUCUUCCGGAAGCAGCUCACGAUGCACGGUCUGCUCGUGCCCAGACUCGCCCACAAAUACGAAGAAGAAUUCUACCGCGUCAUAGUCCCACUCGUGAAAGAGGGGAAGAUCAAGCACAAGGAGGAUAUCUCUAAGGGGCUGGAGACUGCCAGUCAGGGUAUAGCGGACGUUCAGCAGGGGAAGAACAAGGCGAAGAAGGUGAUUUUGGUCGCGGAAGAAUGAACUCGAGUGGCAGAGAGCCUGGCUUCAUGUAGGAUGGUAGUAUUACCCGUGCCGUGUACGAUAGUCAGGUAAUGUGUAGGACGUGAAUAGUCCGUGACACGCAUAGUCAUAGCCGCACGAGAUUGCAAAGAACCCAUGAUAUCUUCACAGGCAAAAUUU